GGUAGAAAAUGACUCAGGAAGCGAAAGGGCCAGGAAAAAGCAGGAGAUUCCUAGAGCGGCCCGGAGCGCCUCUCUCUUCCCCCUUUUCUUUCCCCCUCUUCCUGGCACUUGGAGCGUCGAGGAGGGUCGGUGAUUUCCUGCGCCAAAAGUGGAGCUGGAGCCUUGCUGAAAAGUGGGGGAAGAGCCAGCUGGGCCGAGAAAUACUGCAAGAGAGGCGAAGCGAGGAGGGGCGAAGGAAAAGGAGGCAGGCUUGGCUCAGAAAAUAUCGACAGGACAUCAGGAUCAGGGAAACAUGGAUGCUGGUGAGGGGAAUUCCACCACUGGCUCAGUGAAGAAGAGAAAGUACUAUUGCUGUUUUAAGGACGAUUGGUGCAAAGAAGAUGCAUUCAAAAACUGGCUCCGGAAGAUCGACGGGAUGACAGCAGAAUGCAUUCUGUGCCAUCAAGGCUUCUCCAUAAAAUACGAGGGAAGAAGAGCGGUGACCAGCCAUGCGGACAGCUCCAAGCACAGGGAAUCGGAGAAACAGCAUAAAGACAUGCCGCAAAUCCCGGUGCUUUUAACCGAAACUGACGUCUACCAGGAAGACAUGGUGACCGUUGCAGAACUGGGGCAGGUUUAUCACAACAUCGUGCACCAGCUAAGUUACGCGAGCGAAGAUUGCGCAUACAAAAUGCUCUCGGGGAUUUUACCUGAUUCCGUUGUGGCAAGAAAAAUGUCAUGCGGAGCGGCAAAAGCCACCAGCAUCGCAGUGACUGUUUUGGCCCCCAAAUCUCAAGAGCUUUUGUUGAAGGAGUUGGAGGAAGUGCCGUUUUUUUCAGUUGGCUCUGACGCCUACAACAAGGGAAGUAGGCAAUAUUUCCCCGUGACCAUACGUUACUUUUCGGCGACAGAAGGAAUUAAGCACGGCUUGCUUGAUUUUUAUAGCGAAUUGUCGAGCGAUUCAGUUGCGUCACGGAUUGCCACUAUUCUACAGGAAAACGGUCUGAGUGUGACCCGGAUGGCCUCGUACAUGAUUGAUAAUGCCUCUGUGGAUUUUGGGAAACACUGGUCUGUGUUCCAGGACCUCAAACAGCUUAAUGGUGGACUGAUACAGGUGGGGUGUAUGGGCCACGUGAUCCACAAUUGCCUCAAGAAGGCAAUGAGGGCACUCAGUUUUGACGUCGAAACCUUCGUCCUCAAGGUGUACAGCGAGUUUUCAUCCUCUACCAAAAGGAUAGACUCUCUUAUGUCUUUUUACGAGUUUGUGGAAACAGAGUACAAAGAUGUGCUUCAGCACGUCACGACAAGGUGGCUGUCCCUCCUGCCUGCUGUUGACCGUAUCCUUGAAAGCUGGUCCGUGUUGAGGGCGUACUUCUUGUCACUGGGGGAGGACGAGUGCCUCAAGAUUGUGUGGGAGGCAUUCAGUGCAGACGAACACGCAUCCCUCCCGCUGUGUUAUGUUCACUUCAUUCACAACCUGAUGAGGAUUUUUUCCGAGUCCGUGAAGAAACUGGAAUGCGACCACGUCACCUGCACGGAAUUGCACAGCGUCCUGGAAAACCUCCAUGCCAAGCUCAAGAGAAGGAAGGAGGACAAAUUCUACGGGAAAUCGUCCCAGGUCAUUUUAAGCAACAUCUCUGCGUUCGAGAACCGAAAAUUCACCGAGGAAGCGGAGAAGACGCUGUCCCGGUGCAUCGCAUACCUGGAGCAGUGGUAUUAUUUUGAGACGUCGAUUUUCGAGCAGAUGGCGGUGCUCUCGUUGAACAGCGAGGUGAAGUGGUUCGAUUUGGUGACCCUGGUGACGGCCCUCUGUAUCGAUAUUGACAUCGACCAGCUGUACAACGAGUACUGCGUAUUGCAGAAACUCCGAGAAGAGAUUGUCUCCAAGGAGCAGAAAGUUGAUCAGCGGUGGGUGAAAGUUUUCAGGCAAAUCCCAGAACGUGCGGAGAGCCAGCUGCUGAAGUUAGUCUCUUUCGUGCUUUCCAUUCCUGUGUCCAACGCUUUCUGUGAGAAAGUUUACAAUCUCAUGGCCCAGCUGUGGAGCAAGGACAAAAACAGACUGAGCGACUGUGUGGUGAAAGCCGAGCUGCAGGUCCAACUGAACUUCAACAUUUCCUGCGCAGACUUCCACGAGUUCCUGUACAAGAACCCGGAGUUGCUUAGAGCAGCAAGGGGCGAGCCAGAAUACAAGUGUAAAAAGGAGGAACCAGAAGAUGACAUUCCACAGGCAUCAUAACUUUAAUGUGUUCAUCCUGCCUUUUACAGAAGAAAUUCAGCGUAUGUAUGAACCAGCACAUCAUGGCUGCAAAUAAUAACCCUCAAUAAAUGUUGCUGGAGGACCAAAAACUCUGAGGGGGGGAGAACCCAUCUCGGAUCCCUUGUGAACUGGAUACCUUCUUCUAAAUCAGCUAAGUCGGUGGCCAAUGGGAUAUGAUAUAGUUACAACAUCAAGAAUAAUGGGCUGCGUUCUCCUCUCCUUCACCAGUGGCUGCGGUGCUGUGAUCUUAUAGACUGCUCAAAGUAGUUUGAUGGAACAGAUGAAAUUGGAUGUGAUUACUGUACUGUUACAAGCUUAAUUUGUUUCCUCCAGAAGCGAGUCACAGUCUGAAACCAAAUUAGACAGGAAUAGUUGUUAAUGCCCUAACUAUACUCUUUGCUGUGAACUACAAUGUACUUUGCAGUAUCCCAUAAUCUAGUCUAAUCAUUUCUAGGGGUGGCCGCUUGUCAGCUGACCCAUUAAAACAUUGGCAGUUCUAAUAGAAGUUUAGGCAAUGUUUAGAUGGGUCACCUGACCAGCGUGCUAAUCCUAAGAGGCAACCACGAAUCAAAUACCAUCAUGGGUUAGGCUAGGGUUGCCAGGUUGUUCCUUUAGCGCCAGUGGUGGGAUUUGGGGGGCAUUUCCGGAGCGGAUGGGGACGUUGCGCGAUGUGCUGGUGUCGCUUCCGGAAGUGAUGUUUGUGUGUUGGUGACGUCAGGGGAGAGACACUCUGCUUUGGGGGCAAAAUAUGAUUUGAGGGCGAUUUUACCAUAGAGCAUUGCCCCCCGUGUCACCGGCUGGCAUCACUUCUGGAAGAGAUGAAAGCAUAUUGCACGUGACUUCGCUGUUGGGGGCGGGAUUUCCUCUCGCCAGCCAGCUGGUCCACUGCAGGAAGGAGCACAGAAAAGUGGGGAAACCCCCACCUGGAUCUGGGGAAUGGUAAGCUUAGGUUGUCAGCUGACCUUUUAAAAUUUCAUUCUCCUGUCCUUUGAUAGCAGAGGAAGGAGGAGGGCUGCUUGCCAUGAGUUCUGCAGCAGAGCAAGAGCGCCUCCUGUUGGCCACCUGCUAUAUAACUGCAGGGAUCUCUGGGAAAAAUCGGCCUUUAAGAAUUUGUUUUUGUUUUGUCUAUUUUGGAAGUUGCUGUUACUUAGCUUUAUUUCUGUUUUAAUUUUUUUUUCUGAAUUGAAACUGCAGGCUGACCCUGGUUUUCCCCUAUAAAAGCCAAAGGGAUGGAGAGUUCACAUCUAUAGAACCUCACCUAAUAUUGUUUAAACGUUAAGAGUAAUGCAUUAUAGGGUUUUUAAAAGUGUUUCACAGGAACAACUGACCAGUUUGUUUUGUUAAUUAGCAACAGUAUCAAACCUGUUGAUGAAAUUAUCUUUUGUUGCUAUUCUAAUAAAGCUUAUGUUUAGAAAAAAAA